AUGUUGCCCUGUCUCGCUGGCCAGCUGGUGAUGGGAGGCAACCAGAGCUCUGACUCUCAGGGAGCGAACCAAGUCUGGUCGCUCACAUGCAACGACUUCUGCAGGGCAGACCGAGCGGAACGACCGUCCAUAGCUUCGCCAAGCUCGCCAGCCCUCCACCACCCAGGGACAUCGUCCAUAGAUCGUACGGAGCUGCAGAAGAGGUUGCUAGAGAACUUGAUGGCAUCGAAGGCAGCGGAGGAAGGAAGGCCGGGUGGGGACGGGCGAGGGACGCAGUCCCUGCCGCAAAGGCCCAUGAGCAAGGUAGAGAAUCUGUCGGCGGCGAACGAGCGAGCAGAAUCGUCCUUCAACUCGACGGAAGACUACCGAGGGUUGUGGCAGGUCCGGACUGAGUGGACGGUGAACGUGCGGGAUCAGCCCAGGUAUAACGCUCGGGUGGUGGACAAGUAUACCGGAGGCCAAGUGUUCCAAGUCGAUGGGCAGCAUUUCGACGACGAGACCGGAGUGCAGUGGCUGCGACUCCCGAACAAUGCCGGGUUCGUUGCGAGGCGACACAAGGAUGGGAGCCUGCUCGUUACCAAGUUCCACUCCUGA